GCAAAAAGGGACCAUCGAUACAAAAGCAAGCAACCCCACCUGCGAAGCAUUGCAUUCCCCACCAACGACCAUCCCAUUUUCCCACGCCCUCAAACUCACCAUCAAACCCACCAACAUCACUGCAAACAUGGUCGCCUUUAACAACGUCGCGUUCCUUGCUGCUGCUGCCUUCAUCUCUACUGCGAGCGCACAGGUCACUCUCCCCGGUGGCGCUCAAAUUCCGGGCGUGCCAAACCCUCUCCCUGCGCUCACAUCGGUUGCCGGUCAAGUCACUUCCGCCUUUGGAGUUGCCACUUCCGCCAUCGCUGGCGUUGCCACACAAGUCGCUGGCGCCGCCACACAAGCGACGUCUGCCGCUGGGGCUGCCGCUACUACCGUCGCUGGUGACUGCCCUGUGUUCGACCUUUGCAAGAGCAACAUCAACAUUGCCACGACCAGCACGUGCGACCCCUUGCAGAAGACUAACGUUACUUGGUACGCGGACUGUGAAUGCAGGUUCGCCGUGAACAUGAAGAACUGCUACUCUCAGUGCCCAGGGAACGCCAAGGUUGAGGCCGAAGGAGUUGCUUACCAGACGAAAGUCGUCGCCCUGUGUGCAGCCGCCAACCUCGACGCCAACCACCUUCCUCCAACCGCCCCCUGGAUCAUCUCCUCCAUUGCUGUCCCAACGGCUACCGCUACCGCCGCCGGUAACACCGUUGCCGCCCCCGCUAUCACUGCUACGUCCGUUGCUUCUGCGGCUGCUACCGCUACGCCUUCCGCGGGUGCGAACUCUGAGGGCUACACUCUUGGCGGUUUGACCGCCAUCGUUCCGAUUGUUGGUGCUGCCCUUGCAGCGGUGCUCGUCUUCUAAAACUUCACGGACUUAUUUUUCCUUCCUUGUACUGAGGCACUGAUGUAGAUUUAGAGACAUCGCGCGGCGUAACAUAUCCCUUUUUCUACAUAAUGCAGACAUUUGUAUAUUUCUUUUAGUUUUUCUUAAUAUCAGCUUUUUCCACAUACCUGUGACUAUCAUUUGGGCACCUGUCGCUGCGAGGUUGGUGUACCUUUCUUCCCUUCCCAACCUCAACGCCUAGGUCUGCACCUGAACGGUAAUUGCCCGCCGAUGUCCUAUACAUGCAGAAAAACAAUGCGGCCGGCGACUCCAACUGGUGAUGUAGAGGGAUCAUGCCUUAAACAUAGCUUCGAGAGUCCAUGAUUAUAUAUGCGGCAUGUGUGAGAAAUGUCGAUUUGGG